UGUGGUUUUGUUUGGAAUUUUUGAAAGGAAAAGUUUUUUAGAUGUAAAUAAUUUUGUGGUUUUAUAAAUGUGAAAUUUCAGUGUUGGAACUUGGAGGAAGAUUGAUUAGUCAAAAUGGUUAUUAAAGGUAUUGAAAAUGGUGGAGUGAAAUUUGGGGAAGAUGACUGAUUUGCUGCAAAAAAAAUAGGGCCAUUUACUGAACGAUGACAUAUGCCAUCUUUGGAAAGGAUAUCUUACUGUGGACAUGGGCGGAUCUAAGGCAGGGACGGUCUUUUUAAGAGUCUAAUUUUAAUUAGGUCAGUUCAUUAUAUAUUUUGUAGACAUUUAACAUAUUAAAAGUAUACAUUAAGAAUAUAGUAAGUAAGCAUUAAGAUUAGUAUAAAUAGACAUUAAGAAUAUAAUAAAUAGAUAUUAAUUUUUAAUAGGCUAGAUUUGAGUUACGUGACUCUAAGAGAUAGUGGUAAAAAAAUUUAUUUUUUUAGUUGUUAGCUUUUACAGGAUACAAAGUCCUCUUGAAGUGUAAUAAGACUAACUGUUAACCUAACAACACCUAAGUUUCACCAAUAAAACAAAUUCUCCACUUUCAUGCAACACUCUAAAAAUUUUUGUAAGAAAAUCUGGACGCACACAUUUUGAUUACUGAUCUAAGUUUAGGUAAUAUAUUCCGAUGAACUGUCCAUAUACUCCAUCUAUUUUAGUGACUUUGUUUCAUUUGGUUUAGGCAUAUACCAAAACAAUUAUUAUAAAGUCUUAAUAUCUCUAAUAGCGUAUAAUUAACAAUUAUAAAAAGUUAAUAUUCAUAAUCCUUACAUUAAGACGAAUUAAUUAAGAUUCCAUUUGACUAUGUUUUAACAUAUAAAUUAAAAAUAAAAUUCAAAUUAAGAGUCAAAAUUUAAAUAGUAUCAAAAAAUCAAAUGAAACAAAAUCACUGAAAUGAAAAGAGAAUUAUAUAUUGCACGUAGAAAGAGUUCCAUUGUUAUGCACCAAUAACUGUUGGUUGCUUAACUACCUCUUGAACCCCUUCUUAUAAAUACAUAUAAAUAUAUAUGAUGCUUAUUUUUAUGUACUCUUAUUCUCAAACCAUCUUUGAUACUUUAAACUUAAGUCAAACCAAUAUUAGAAAUUUGCUUAAAUUUACAAGUUUUCAUCAACUUCCUUUUGAAUAUAUAGUGAAGUAUAUAGGAUUUUGCUAUUCUUGCUAUUGUCAUUUCUCUUUUAGUACAAUCUUUUAAAUAAAGUUUAAACUAAGUUGGUGAUGGCAUUUUGUGAUGGUGAUAAUUUUCGUGGGUUGAAUAUGAUUUUAAGUUUAAUAAUAAUAGUAAUUAUUAGUAUGGUGAGAAAGAGUACAGCGGAUGAUAAUUUACUGGGAGCGUCUUUUAUAUUUGGUGAUUCUUUAGUGGAUGCGGGUAACAAUAACUAUUUGAAUACUUUAUCUAAAGCCGACAUGACUCCUAAUGGGAUUGAUUUUAAGGCUUCUGGUGGUAAUCCAACAGGUCGUUUUACUAAUGGUAGAACUAUCGGAGAUAUUGUAGGAGAAGAAUUGGGAAUACCAAAUUAUGCAAUUCCAUUUCUGGCCCCAAAUGCCACAGGAAAAGCCAUAUUUUAUGGAGUGAAUUAUGCAUCAGGAGGUGGUGGAAUUUUGAAUGCCACUGGAAGAAUAUUUGUAAACAGACUUGGAAUGGACAUUCAAGUAGAUUACUUCAACAUAACAAGGAAAGAGUUUGAUAAAUUAUUAGGAGCAUCAAAAGCAAGAGAAUACAUCCAGAAAAAAUCAAUAUUCUCAGUAACAGUGGGAUCUAAUGAUUUUCUUAACAAUUACUUACUUCCAUUCCUAUCAAUCGGAGCAAGAAUCACUUCUAAUCCUGAUACUUUCACUGAUGACAUGAUUUCUCAUCUCCGUAACCAACUAACUAGGAUGUAUGAAUUGGAUGCUAGAAAAUUUGUUGUUGGAAAUGUUGGUCCAAUUGGGUGCAUUCCUUAUCAAAAAACAAUCAAUCAAUUGAAUGAAAAUGAAUGUGUGGAUUUGGCCGAUAAACUAGCUCGUCAAUAUAAUGCCAAACUCAAGGAUCUUCUUACACAAUUAGGAGAAAAUCUUCCUGGAUCUACCUUUAUCUAUGCAAAUGUCUACGAUCUUGUUAUGGAACUUAUCACUAAUUACAAAAAUUAUGGAUUUAACACCGCGAGUAAGGCAUGUUGUGGAAAUGGAGGGCAAUAUGCAGGAAUAAUUCCUUGUGGACCGACCUCAAGCCUGUGCGAAGACCGCGAUAAACAUGUUUUUUGGGAUCCUUACCACCCAAGUGAGGCGGCUAAUGUAUUGUUAGCCAAGCAACUAGUUGAUGGAGAUACAAAGUAUAUUUCUCCUAUGAAUCUUCGGCAACUUAAGAGUCUUUGAUCAUGAAUGUCAUCUGAUGUGUCAUGUAGCUUUGUGUACUUUGUUGAGUUUGUUUUUUAUCCCCUAAGUUACACGUUUGAAAUUCAUAAUGCUAUUUUAUACACUUCUAUUAACAAUAAUACGAAUGAAAAUAAUAAAAUGUCAAUGUUAUGUGUGAAAGAUGCAAUGAUGGAAGAUGUAUAUGUAGUAAUUGGUAUCAACAACAAACUAAGGGAUGAAAAAGUAUUGAAGGCUUUACAUAUUCAAUCAUAGAGCGUAGCUAGGUUGUUCAAGAAAUCAACCGAUUCAGAUAUGUAAAUGCUAUGAUACUAUUGUUAAUCAGUUUCUUGUUUAAUGAAAAAAGUAAUGUUAUAUACAUCUUAACAACAA